AUACGGUAUAUUUCUGAGCUCACACCGACACAAAACUUUAGAACGCAAAAGCUGAACGCGACCGCGCAUUUAUAAAAAAAUACGAAAGAGCUUAUAACCUACUAGAAAAUGGCUGAUGAACAACCCAAUCUCGUGGCUGGACACCCACCUGCUUUGAAGGCUGGUGGCAUGCGCAUUGUCCAGCACAAGCCCACUGCAUCGGAGCGUGCCCCCAAGGAUGCUGAGGAUUGCACUGGUCUGACACAACCUGUUAGCGUGAAUUCGGCUGUGGUGAGCGGUGCUCCCGUGAAGGGACACACCGAUUUUACGCCCGCUUCUGCCCAGGUGGCACACUUGCCAAAGCCCCCGAUGUCUGUGCAGCAGAAGACACAGAAUCACAUUCAACAGCCCCGCAAGUGAGGCGCAUCUCCUAACCUACUACCUACUACUUUGAUCUUUUGUUGAAAAUCCUCAAAUACAAAUGGUAUUGAAAUCGUCUUUGAAAGCGAUGUUAGUUAACACAAUCAUAUUUUUGCUACUGCAUUCCAACUGAAUUUAAAUUUUUUGCCAAUUUUAUACAUA